AUAUUUCGGAUGCUAUGGAGAAGCUAUCAGAGCUUUAUUUAGAUGGGACUGCGAUUAAAGAACUGCCUUUGUCGAUUAAUAAACUCACGGGCCUUACUGUUUUGGAACUAUCUGGGUGUCAAGAACUCAAGAGCCUGCCGAGCAGCAUUCAUUUGAGAUCUCUUCAAACCUUUAAUCUUUCUGGUUGCUCAAACUUUAAGAAGUUUCCAGAGAUUUCAGAUGCUAUGGAGAAUCUAUCAGAGUUAUAUUUAGAUGGGACUGCCAUUAAAGAACUGCCUUCGUCAAUUAAUAAACUCACGGGCCUUACUGUUUUGAACCUAUCUUGGUGUCAAGAAUUCAAGAGCCUGUCUAGCAGCAUUCAUAUGGGAUCUCUUCAAACCCUUAAUCUUUCUGGUUGCUCAAACCUUGAGAAGUUUCCAGAGAUUUCAGAUGCUAUGCAGAAUCUAUCAAAGUUAUAUUUAGAUGGGACUGCGAUUAAAGAACUGCCUUCGUCAAUUAAUAAACUCACGGGCCUUACUUUUUUGGACCUAUCUGGGUGUCAAGAACUUAAGAGCCUGCCAAGUAGCAUUCAUGUGGGAUCCCUUCAAACCCUUAAGCUUUCUGGUUGUUCAAAUCUUGAAAAGUUUCCAGAUAUUUCAUAUGCUAUGGAGAAUCUAUCAGAGCUUUAUUUAGAUGGGACUGCGAUUAAAGAACUGCCUUUGUCGAUUAAUAAACUCACGGGCCUUACUGUUUUGGAACUAUCUGGGUGUCAAGAACUCAAGAGCCUGCCGAGCAGCAUUCAUAUGGGAUCCCUUCAAACCCUUAAGCUUUCUGGUUGCUCAAACCUUGAGAAGUUUCCAGACAUUUCAAAUGUUUUGGAGAAGUUAUCAGAGCUUUAUUUAGAUGGGACUGCGAUUAAAGAACUGCCUUCAUCAAUGAAUAAACUCAUGGGCCUUACUUUUUUGGACCUAACUGGGUGUCAAGAACUUAAGAGCCUGCCGAGCAGCAUUCGUAUGGGAUCUCUUCAAACCCUUAGUCUUUAUGGUUGCUCAAACUUUGAGAAGUUUCCAGAUAUUCCAGAUGUUAUGGAGAAGCUAUCAAAGCUUUAUUUAGGUGGGACUGCGAUUAAAGAACUACCUUCGUCAAUUAAUAAACUCACGGGCCUUACUGUUUUGGAUCUAUAUGGGUGUCGAGAACUCAAGAGCCUGCCGAGCAGCAUUCGUAUGGGAUCUCUUCAAACCCUUUAUCUUUCUGGUUGCUCAAGCCUCGAGAAGUUUCCAGAUAUUUCAGAUGUUAUGGAGAAGCUAUCAGAGCUUUAUUUAGAUAGGACUGCGAUUAAAGAACUGCCUUUGUCAAUUAAUAAGCUCACGGGCCUUACUGUUUUGGACCUAUCUGGGUGUCAAGAACUCAAGAGCCUGCCGAGCAGCAUUCAUAUGGGAUCUCUUCAAACCCUUAAUCUUUCAGGCUGCUCAAAACUUGAGAAGUUUCCAGAUAUUUCAGAUGAUAUGGAGAAUCUAUCAGAGUUAUAUUUAGAUGGGACUGCAAUUAAAGAACUGCCUUCUUCAAUUAGAAAUCUUCCAGGGCUUGUUACUUGAACCUAAGAGAUUGCAAAAAACUCAAUAGUCUUCCAAGCAGCAUUUGUGAUCUCAAGUUCCUUCAGUAUGUUAGUCUUUUUCGUUGCCCAAGGUUUGAGGUGUUGGAAUCGUCGGAUAAUGCUCAUUAAUCAUCAGUGGAAGCAUUAGACCUGUGCAGAAACAAUUUUGAGAGCUUGCCUGCAGAAAUAAAUCGGCUUCAUUGUUUAACAUCUCUCAAAUUGGAAGGUUGCAAGAGACUGCAUUCAAUACCAGAGCUUUCAUCAACUAUAAGGUUCAUAGAUGCCCAUGAUUGCACAGCUUUGGAAUUUGUUUCAAGACCAAGCAAGUUUUUUCACAAGAAUAUUUACUGGACAUUUUCAAACUGCUUCCAGCUGGUGCAAAAUCUAUUUGAAGAUAUUGUGGAAGCUCACCAGGGUAAUCUGCAACCUCUUUCCUUGAUUAUGUAUCUUCCUGGAAGUAAGCUUUCAGAUUGGUUCAGUCAUCAGUGCAGUGGAUCUUCAGUAACUGUGCAUCCACCACCAGUCUCGGAUCUUAAGAUUUUGGGAUUCGCUGUGUGCGGUGUUACUAAGUUCAAGUAUGCACGUUAUACAUCUGGUCUAUCUGCUCUGUGUUUUUGUACCUUCGAAGGAGAGCACGGCAAGCACAGUUUAAGAUUUGAUACGGUUGAUUUGAGCAUCCAAAGGGGCAGGUUACUUGAGUCAGAUCACAUGUUCAUGGGAUAUCUUCCAUGGAAAAAAGAAGUGCAGCCAAGUGAGCGCUAUACCACGAAGGUGACAUUUAGAGUUGAACUAAGAGAUGGAGACAAAUCAUGGUAUCCUGGGGUCAGUUCUGCAGCUUGGCAUCAUAAGGUGUGGAGUUCGUCUCUUUUAUGCCAAUUGUUAGGGGGAGCAAUCUGAUAGAAAUGCAAGAGCAGGCGACGAGCUCCCUCGCUGCGAGCUUUCUGCCUUCCAACAGCGAAAGGUCUUCGAGAUCUGCAUUCCAUCUUGAAGUUAAAGAAGGUUUGACUUUGAUACUCGUUUUGUAGUUUUUUCAAGUUUAUUGUCCAGAAAGCAUUGUUUGUUUAAAUUUGUGUACUUGUUUUUUAAUCAGAAGAAUUUUGAGAUUUCCCACCUGGGUCUUGUAAAACCCAGGAUUUUCUCAGCUGGGUUGUUAUUUCCUGGGAAAAUGCUCUUUUCGGAUGAAAAGUCUUCUAUUUUUACAUUGUCUCAGAUAAAAAGGGGAAAGCUUUGUUCAAUAAGUAUAGCUUAUGUUGUU